UGUACACUGUGUACAAAACAGAGCAGAGUGGCGUGGUAAACAAGCUCCGCACAGCACGAACCAAGCCGCACAGUUGCUAACGGAAAAAUGUCGCGAAGGAGACUGUUAAACUUAGGCUGCGCUGUGUGGCAGAAAAGCAGCAGUGGCGGAUUUAAAAAACCUUUAACUUUGACCUUUAACUGUGCAAGCUUUGCAACGAGUCCGACACAAAACGAGCAGAAAUGCUGCAAAGAAGGACAAAAGUGUGGAGCAGCCCCAGUGGCAGCCCCGCUCAGGCACCACCAUGUCAGUGGAAAGGCAAAGGGCGAGGAAUCUUUCACUAAAUCCGGGAGAUGUUUUUCUUCUACCGCUCCACAGAUCGAUCACAAAACUUACUUAUGGGCAAGAUACAACGAAAUGAAACGCCUGGUGCACGAUUUGAUUCCUCCCGGAGUGUGCAACCUCCUCAAUCCCUCCACCAUCUAUGCCAACAAUGAGGUGAACUUGGAUGAGGUGGACAUCUACGGUUUUGAUUAUGAUUACACACUGGCCCUCUACUCAAAUGCUCUUGAUGAGAUGAUCUACAACAAAGCCAGAGAGUUCCUGAUAGAGCACUACAAGUAUCCUCAGGAUAUCAGCAAGUACAGAUACAUCCCCAACUUUGCAACGCGAGGCCUUCAUUACGAUAUCCAGAAGGGACUGCUGAUGAAAAUAGACGCUUUCCAUUAUAUUCAGCUAGGCACUGUGUAUAGGGGUCUGAAACCUGUUCCAGAUGAUGAGGUCAUGCAGUUGUAUGGAGGCUCUAAUCACAUCCCUCUCCACCAAGUCAGCGGCUUCUAUGGAAAGGGACCCAAAAUGAAGCAGUUCAUGGACGUGUUUUCAAUCCCAGAGAUGACACUUUUGGCUGCAGUUAAUGACUAUUUUAUCUCCAAUGACAUAGAAUACGACCCUGAGCACCUCUAUAAAGAUGUGUCUGACGCGGUUGGUAUGGUGCAUAUUAAGGGGUACAUGUACAAGUGGAUAAUGCAAGACCUGGAGAAAUAUAUCCUCAGAGGAGAUGAGACUUACGCAGUGCUUCAUCGACUAGCCAGCCAUGGGAAGAAGCUUUUCCUUAUUACCAACAGCCCCUUCAGCUUUGUAGACAAAGGCAUGAAGUACAUGGUGGGAAAAGACUGGAGGGACUUCUUCGAUGUUGUGAUUGUUCAAGCUGACAAGCCACACUUUUUUAAUGACUGUGUGAAACCUUUCAGACGACUGGACAGUAACGGAGUCCUCCAGUGGGACAAGAUCAAGAGUUUGGAUAAAGGGAGGAUUUACAAACAGGGAAACCUUGUUGACUUUCUGAGGCUGACAGGAUGGCGUGGCUCCAGAGUGCUCUAUUUUGGGGACCAUCUGUACAGCGACUUGGCAGACCUGAUGCUGCGUCAUGGGUGGCGGACCGGUGCAAUUGUUCCUGAGCUGGAGGUAGAGACAAAGGUGGUGAACACUGAGCAGUAUGCACAGAGUCUUACCUGGCUCCAGGCUCUCACUGGCCUUCUGGAGCGCAUGCAGAUGUACCGGGAUCCAGAGUCUAAAAAAGUGAUUCAGGAAUGGCAGAGAGAGAGAGAAGAAUUCCGAGCUGUCACCAAAAACUUGUUCAACCCCCAGUUUGGCAGCAUCUUCCGUACAUGCCACAAUCCUACUUACUUUUCUCGCCGACUUUGCCGUUUUUCUGACCUGUACAUGGCCUCCAUCAGCUGCCUUCUGAACUACGAUCUCUCGUACACCUUUUACCCGCGGCGUACUCCUCUGCAGCACGAGGCACCCCUCUGGAUGGACCAGCUCUGCACUGGGUGCAUGAAGACCCCGUUCCUGGAGGAGAUGGCCCACAUACGCUAAACUGUUUGCUGCACACGCUGUCCAGUUACGCACAAAUUUCAAUCAACUUACAAACAUGCCACAUGUUACAAACUGUCAUGUUAAUCAGGGUCAAGUUAUAGAUGUGUGUAUAGCAAAAACGUCUUAUUAAAAUGAUCACUUUCCCUGAAUUCAGGACUCCUACCCCAGCUCUAAGGCAACCAAGCAAUCUGAACUGACGUCUGCUGGGCUUUGCCUUGCUGUGCUGUUCUUUAGGGACUUUUUCUAUUUAAAGACUUUUGCUCAUCAUAACUGCGCCAUCUGGUGGAGCAUCUGUUACACUGCAUUUUCAGCGUUUACAGGGAGGGUCAAUAGAAACCUCUUGUUUGGCUUGUGACGCACAAUUAUUUCAUUUUUUAUGAAGCUAUUUACAAUGGCAUUGACUGCCUGUUUUAUUUUUAUCUGUUCUGCAAGGUACAAUGUUACAAUAUUGCAUGCUUUUGGCUUGCUUUUUUUUUUGUCAGGUGAAAGUAAGAGAAGCGCACAGAGGUGGUGUGUAAAAAGUGUAAAUCCAUACACUUGAGUGUUUUGUCUUUUUUACCCUCAAACCAUGAUGUACUUAUUUUCAGGGGUGCUGUGGUUCUUAUUCUGGACAAGUUAUGUUUCCUUGGGCCCCAUGUCCACUAAAGGCUCUUGGCUCCUUCCCCACUUUACCCUCCUUUGUGAUUCCUUGUUUGUUGAUGUUUUGAUAACCAGUGUUCUCAUUCUUUUGUCAGACUAACACAUCCUGUAUAGCACACCCUGUAUAUUAGCUUUUCUCUACUACUCCCAAUAAAAAAGAGAAUUUGCUA